AUCUAUUAAUUAUACAGGCAUCCUCUGCUCGUCAUCCGCUUAGCUACUCGCUCAUCCAUCCCCAUCUUCAACCUCGUCCUCUCCGCCAUGUCUGCCUCCUCGUCAACCUCUCUCCCCGCCCACCGGAUUGGCCACUCCCUCUCAUGACGUGCCAUUUUGCGGUGACCAGGUUGUCACCAAUGUAGCGAGAUCCGACGGGCAGGCAGGGGAUCGGUUCUACAAGUGCAUGUUGUACGAUGCACGACAGUGUCGUUUCUUCGAGUUACAGCAAGCAUACUGCAGGAGGAUGACCCCUCACCAGAUCGCCACUACUCGGCGGCAAGCCAGGAUUAACCCAGCUGGCCAGGGAUCUGGUGUCUACCAGGGCAACGGGGUGGCUCAGAUGGUUCCUGUUGCCACCCAGGCCCAGAUCCAGGCGCAAGCUCCACACCAAGUGCAGACACCCCCGCCGGCGGCGAGCAACCUGAUUGCUGAAGCGGAUAGGCCGGCCGCCGUAGCCGGAGCCGUCCUUGCAGGACAGGGCCUCGUUGUUGUCUCUAUUCUCAUGGUAGCUGUCAACAUCAUGCUUACUGCUCUCGUUAUGGUGGUUGUUCUUGCUAAGUAGGAGGGAGGUGGGGCUGAAGCCGUAGUUUUCAUUUUCUCCGCAUUUUUUUCUAUAAAUGGCUCUGGA